AUGUCCACCUCAACCAACCCAAACCCCGAGACUCCAGUGUCCGACACCGUCACCCAAGCUCAAUUCCAUGGUCUCGCAACCGAGGUCUCGAGCCUGACAACAGGGAUGGCCAACCUGCAGCUCCUGCUACAAACAGCCCUCCAGGCGGCCGCCAACCUUCCCCCCGAAGCGGCAGCUGCCCCGGCUCCGGCACCGGCACCAUCCGCCGUGGCGCCCACAGCUGCCGACGUGCUUUCAUCGCACGUCCCCAGCUUCGUGCCACCCGCAUCCACCAAUCCUGCCGCUGGUGCGUCCCCUUCCCUCCUCUCCCAAUUCCCCUUGGUCGAGGCGGCAGUCAUCACGGCCAUUGUGACCCAUGAAUUUCGGUCCUCGGAUCUCUACAAGCUGGACCCCCAGUACCGAGACAAGGCUGACCGGCGCAUCCUAGCCCUCAACGGCGACACGCUGGAGCUCCAGACCGGUGACUCCUCCGCCAAGGAGUACCGGUCCCUAAACUCAGUUAUCAUCCCCCUUUCCACUUAUUUUUCCAUCCUCGGAUCGGCAAUUGCCCCCAUGACCCCAUCCAUAGGAUUGGUCAUCUCGGGCUUCUGGGCUUACACAGCAUCGCUGAUGCAAUUCGCCUCGGAAUACAACUGGGCCGCGGUGCACGCCUACCACGCCGACUUCUUUACAGCUCGGCGACGAGAGAUGCAGACGGGCGACUACAGCAAAUGGGGCCGCAUAGAUCUGGACAUCCAGACCCACCGCUUGUUCGGCCACAACAAAGCGGCGCGCCCCAAUGCUCCCGCACCCAGUGGCACAAAGACGAGAAAGGCAGGCGGUACCGGCUAUUGCAUCAAGUACAAUACCGGACACUGCACAACGAGCCCUUGCCCCUGGGGUCGCCCACACACAUGCUCCACAUGCGGCCAAGGGCACCCGGUAACCGAGCACAAGUAG